AUGCCAGUCUUUUUCAGGAUGGUUGACAAUGGAAUCAAACUUUCCUCCUUGAUGUCCAUCCCCGAAGUCAGUGAUGUCCACACCAUGAACAAAAUCACAUCUGAAGAACUCAAUUGUUUGGUCACGCACGAGGACACACCAGAGGCAUCGCAACCUCUAGGACACUUACUGUCUCACAUUUUCAAGCCUUUCAAAAUCCCUCUCCCCCAUGUAUCUCAACUCAAAAUUCCUCUCAAAACAAUCCUUUAUCCCAACAAACAAGUCAGAUCGCGACACCAUGGCUUAUCGCCAGAUUCUCUGGUGCCACUGUACAACACUGCAACAAGUACUUGGAACUGGGAUCUUCCUGUUGAUCCCCCUAGAGACAGCUCGGACUCAGACCCCAGUGGUACGAGUAGUCAGACUCACAAUACUCCAGCGAAUCAGGACGACCCAGCACCAGAGCGCGCAACUUACGAAGAAAUUGUUGCAUCCUUCCUCAAUGCUCUUGCUGCUUGCCUAUUGGCAAAAGAAACCUUGCUAGAAUGCGAGUGUUAUUCAAUUUGCAAAUGGAGUGCAGCCAAUGCUCACAAGCCAUUGCCCGGCAGCGAGAUAAAGCAUAAACCCAACCUUGUUCUAUCUGACGACAUCGCAGCAAAAUGGGGAAAUAUUCGGGUAUCCGGUGAGCUGACUCACAGUACUUACAAGCCUGCAAUGCGGCGUGGGAAGGCUGCAGACACCCAUGCCUACCUCAUGAUGAGCGAACAGCCCUGGAGGCGCUUCGCACUCAUACUAUCCUUUACUGAUUCAUAUUGUCAUCUCAGAGUCCUCAUGUAUGAUCACUCUGGUGGCGCUGUUUCUACCCCCUUCAAUAUACACACUCAACCUGACUUAUUUUCUCAUAUCAUCGCUGUUAUCAAUUUCGGCAAUCUCGAAUGCGUCGGGUAUGAUUCAACAGUCACAUUCACGAAACAUAUCUCACCACCCCUUUCCAAACCUAUUCGCAACUAUUGCCCCAUCAAGAACAUGCCUGCCCAACGUAGCAGUUCAAUAGACCUUCCUGCAUCCACCUCUGAAUCCCUUGUUGAACUACCGGAUCCCGCAAGCCCGUCAUUUGACAAUGAUCUCAAGUCUGUAGUCUCUGAUGGCUCUGACUCUGAGGAACACCUAACCGAUGACUCGCUCAAAGAGGACUCAAAUAAGUCUACUCAAGUAUUUACGCAGGAGCAAGAACCCCCCCUCUCCACCUCUCCAAUGCAUCCUACUGUGGUGUCCAGCGCCCCCCUCCUCAGCCUUGCAUCCCAAAUUCCCCAGCACUUGACAGAGAGCAUAUGUUCCGUCAUGCCUCAUCCUUCCCAAUUUCCCCACUCUGAGCACUCACCUGAACCUUGCGGCAACAUCAGUGUAGGGAAUACUGUAUAUAUCAUCAAGAGAAUUCUUUUGCGAGCCGGGGGCUCAUUGGUCGCGGAACCAUCUGCUAUCUGGCCAGUUUGGACGAGGAAGACUAUAUUGUCAAGGACCAUUGGGUUCUUGGCAAGCAGGACAAUUUCAUCCUAA